AUGGAUGGCUUACAUAUUCUACUGCUAAUUCUACUUGGCAUAUUUAUUCUAGUUGUUGCUGUCUUGGUUGCAAUCCUCAUCCUUUGUAAGAAAAAACUCAAAAACCAAGGGGAAACGAAAAAUGGAAAUGAAAACCUUGGCAAUACCUGUUUCUUCAAUUCUGUUCUCCAGGCAUUGCAUUACACCAAAUCAUUUAAAGAGGCACUACUCUGUUUGAAGCCUCUCACACGAGAUUCGGAUAAUAUGGCAUUGACAAAAAAUGUCAUAGCACUGCUGGAGAAACAAACGAUACAGAAUGAAAAGCACAGAGAUGAACUAAAACGCGUUUUGAGUGCUGUCAGAAGGAUAAAUAGCCAGUUCGGGGGUGGAACACAAGAAGACAGCUAUGAACUUUUAAACACACUUGUUGGUGGAAUAUCUGAGGAAAUGAAUAACAACGAUAUUUUAUUUUCUACAGAUAGACGUUUAAUUGACGUGCGAAAAAUGUUUAAAGGAAUGUUCAUUGUGGUGUACGUUUACGACUCCUGUACUCAUGUUGAAGUAGAAUUUGAAGAAUUCACCACACUGAGCAUCCCUAUCGUUGAUCAAUCUGAGGUUUGUACAGUAAUACCACAUUAUGAGUUUCAAACGGUGACGGUGGAUUCAACGCGGAGUGGUGUUGAAAACGGGCUAGCUUCCUUAACACAAAUAGAAGAAUAUGAAAAUUUACCUUGCCGAAUUUGUAGUACAGGAGACGGUCUUGGGAAAUCUUACAGAAAAAUGCUUGUGUUUCAACCUCCUCCAGUACUUAUUAUACACAUUAACAGAUACCAGAUGAAUGACUCACACCAUCUUACCAAAAAUUCUAAACAGAUGUCAUACUUCAAAAGACUUGAUGUAUCACAGUUUUGUUCAGUUGCCAAUAACACAAUGUCGAAAGAGGAUUUGUUCUAUGAACUAUAUGCCGUUGUAGUUCAUACAGGAGAAAUUAGCGGUGGUCAUUAUUAUGCAUUUGUCAACACGACUAGAAAGCAUGAUGUUCAAAGAUGGGAACGUCUAGUUCGUAAAUCAACUGGAGACAUUGACACUUUAAAACGGCAAGCAGAAAUUAUUUUGCAAGAGAAGCGCAAUAUUCAUGAAAUGAGACAAGAAAGAACAGAAGAGAUCCCCGAGGUUAAGCCUAAUUGGUAUUACGUGAGCGAUCAGACAGUGACACCGGUAUCAGAGGAAGAUGUUCUAAGUCAUAAAGAUGCUUACAUCCUAUUUUAUGAAGUGCAAUGA